UGUGACUGAAUGUGUGUGUGUUCAGGUCUGAUCAGCCGGUAUCCUGAGGAGGAUCUGGAGUCGUUUCCACUGCCGGACUCUGUCCCGGUCUUCUGUCUGCCGAUGGGAGUGACGGUGGAGAGCUGGCCGCUCAACACUAAAUACCAGCUGCCCGUCUUCUCCACCUUCGUCCUGACCAGCGCCUCCGGAGACAAGGUGUACGGCGCUGCGAUCCAGUUCUACGAGGCGUACCCCCGCGAGUCUCUGUCGGAGCGUCAGUGUGUGCGUCUGGGUCUGCUGAGCGUCGUGGACCGGCGGCCCAUCACCAACCGCAGCGUCCAGGUCAAGAAGAGCAUCUGCGUCCUCUCACACUGGCCCUUCUUCAGCGUCUUCCAGAAGUUCCUCACCUUCAUCUACAGAUACUCCAUCUCUGGACCACACGUGCUGCCGCUGGAGAAGCACAUCUCGAGCUUCAUGCACAACGUCCCGUUCCCGUCCGCUCAGCGUCCUCGGAUCCUGGUGCAGCUCUCUCCGUAUGAUAAUCUGCUGCUCUGUCAGCCCGUGUCGUCUCCGCUGCCGCUCAGUGGGGCCAGUUUUGUGAAGCUGCUGCAGAAUCUGGGUCCGGAGAACGCGUGUUCGCUGCUGCUGGCGGUUCUGACCGAACACAAGCUGCUGCUGCACUCGCUGCGGCCCGAUGUUCUGACGUCCGUCAGCGAGGCGCUCGUCUCCAUGUCGUUUCCUCUGCGCUGGCCCUGUCCGUAUAUCCCGCUCUGUCCGCUGCGGAUGGCAGAUGUGCUGUGCGCUCCCAUGCCCUUCAUCGUGGGCGUCCACUCCAGCUACUUCGAGCUGUACGACCCGCCGACCGACGUGGUGUGUGUGGAUCUGGACACCAACACCAUCUUCCAGUCUGAAGAUAAGAAGCCUCUGUCCUGGAGGUCUCUGCCGAGGAAACAUGGGAAGAUCCUGCUGAACUCUCUGUCCAACCUGCACAAAACUCUGGAGAAGAUCUAUACUCCGGGUCAGGAGGAGGCCACGCUGGAGUUCCUGCUGACGGACUACGAUCUGAUCUACGGCCGUCAGAAGCAGCUGGAGCUGGAGAUCCAGGAGGCCUUCCUGCGCUUCAUGAGCUGUUUGCUGAGAGGAUACCGAUCCUUCCUGCUGCCCAUCACACAAGCGCCCUCCGACCGCACCACGGACUGCAGCUCGCUCUUCCACCUGCAGGGCUUCCUGAAGUCUCGAGACCGAACGCAGCAGAAGUUUUACACGCAGCUCACGAGGACGCAGAUGUUCACGCAGUUCAUCGAGGAGUGUUCGUUCGUCAGCGACCGUCACGGCUGCCUCGAGUUCUUCGACGAGUGUGUGCAGAAGGUGGACGUGGAGAAGCCGGAGGACGUACGUCUGAUCGACCGUGACGAGUGUCACAGCGGGGAACAUACGGUGUUCAUCAUGCCUCCGGAGGAGCCGCAGGAAGCUGACGGCUCCGAGUGUCCCGCACACUACAGCUACGACACGUUCCCGGUCCUCCAGUCGGAUCUGUUCGAUCGGCGGCAGGAUCAGCUGCAGACUCCUGCUAAAGGAAGUGCCCCCAGUAGCCCCGCCCCCCGCCGCACCAAACAGGAGAUAAAGCUGGCACAGAAGAAGGCGCAGAAGUACUCGACGGUGCCGGAGAUGUGGUCCAAAUGUCUGCUGGGUCACUGCUACGGACUCUGGUUCAUCUGCUUACCAACAUUCGUCAGAGCAGAGAGCAAUAAAGUCCGAGCGCUGCACGCCGCAUACGAGGUGCUCAAACACAUGGAGACACGCAAGGUGGUGCUGCCGGACGAGGUGUGUUACCGUAUCCUCAUGCAGCUGUGUGGUCAGUACGGUCAGCCGGUUCUCGCGGUCAGAGUUCUGCUGGAGAUGAAGCGGGCGGGAAUCACACCCAACACCAUCACAUACGGAUACUACAAUAAAGCGGUGCUAGAGAGCAAAUGGCCAUCCACCAAUCAGGGAGGGCGUCUUCGCUGGGCGAAGCUUCGUAACGUGGUAUUGGCCGUGGCUCAUUUCAGGCAGCCAAUCAAACAGCAGCAGAGGAGCGCCUCAUUCAGCAGCCGUGCAGAAGAUGCGCUGUCCAAGCCCCGCGCCUACUCGGCUCUGAUUCGUCAGUCCAGCUGGAGCGGGUUGAGUGAAAGCUCGAGCCACGAAUCACUGACGAGUCUCCCCAAGAGCAACAGUCUGAGCAGCGUUCAGGCAUCAGGAAGCAAGCUGAAGUUGUCAAUGAAAGCAGCUGCGCAGACGGCCGCAGCCUCACGCAAGCCUCCCGCCAGCCGCCGAGACACGCUGAGUCCUCCAGCACCUGUUCUUGUGCGCCGCAGCGACGUCUGCCUGUCCACCUUCUACAGAGACUGCGCAGAGAACGCAGACGCAGACUGCAGGUGUCAGCCGGAGAGGGACAGCAGGUCGGUGGAAGUGAGGGAGACUCUGAACAGAAAGUCGGUGGAUGAAAACUACAACAACGUGUCGUCUCCGAGCCGCGGUCUGGCCGGGAAACUGCAGCAGCUGCUGACGCCCACGAGGAACCGUGCAUCGGUGCGACGAGCUGCAAGCGUAGACGACCGGCGGCCGGGAGCGAACGGACACUCACGCCAGAAACCCUCACGCAAGAGUCAGAUGACCGAGAGUCUGCUGAAGGCCAAGGAGCGGCUGUACAAUGCCACGUCUGAGAGCUCUCUGUCUGUAGGGAGUGACAUUGACAUGACGGACAUCCAGACACUGGUGGUUCCUCACAGGAAGUCAUGGGAUUCUGCACAGGAAGGGGCGGGCAUUGAGGUGCUGAUGUCGAGCUGCUCGCUGUGCCGCAGCUGUAAUUCUCUGGUGUAUGAUGAGGAGAUCAUGGCCGGCUGGUCGUCUGAUGAUUCUAAUCUCAACACCACCUGUCCGUUCUGCUCCGCGCCGUUCGUGCCGCUGCUAAACGCAGAGAUCUGUGACCCAGGGCCCGUCUGCAGUAACCUGAGUGCGGCGGAUGAUCUGGAGAAUAUCAUGCGUCCUCGCGCCGCUCCGGACGACACGCUCCAGCCUCUGUGUAACGGCGUCAGAGAGACGGACUCCAGCUCCGAGACCAGCAGCCAAUCAGAGAGCAGCGUGCCGUCGGUGGGUGGAGCCCCACAGGUGACGGUGGCGUAUCUGAGCCCGCUGGUGCUGCGCAAGGAGAUGGAGAGCCUGCUGGAGAACGAGGGCGAUGCUGUUCUCUCUCAGGUCCAGCUGCUGGACAGUCACUCCAUCCUCUUCUGGAAUCUGGUGUGGUACUUCACUCGCCUCGGCCUGCCCAGUAACCUGCUGCAGCUGCUGCGGACGUCUCCGCUGACCGCACGCCUCCCACAGGGGUCAGAGGGCACGGGGGUGCGUGUGAGGCUGCUGUGGGACACACUGACCCCAGAUAUGGAUCAGUGGCCACCGCUCUACAUGCUCUGGAGGAUUCACAGUAGCGUCCCCAUGCGCAGCUACAGCUGGCGGCAUCACAACCAUCCCUUCAGCCUCAGCUUCCUGGAGGACGUGCUGCGCUGGAUCGGCAUGAACGAGGUACACAAGGCCAUCACGCUCUUCCUGGAUACGGUUGGUAAGCAGCCCGGCACUCCGCGGAUACAGAGGAGUCUGUACAGAGAGAUGCUCUUCCUCACACUGGCCGCCAUGGGCAAAGAUCACGUCGCUUUGUUUGAUAAGCGUUAUAAGGCAGCAUACCUGCGCUUGAGCAGUUCUCUGAGCCGAGAGGAGCUGAGGAGGAAGAGAGUCCAGCCGCCCAGUCCUAAAGCUGUCGACUGCAGACGCUGCUUCCUGCUGCCGCUGGAGUGCUGAUCACACACACACACACACAUAUACACACACACACACACUCCGCCUGUCUCAUCUUGCCAUCGUCUUCACGCUGCUUGAAGAGGAAACGCGAAACACAGUCCGAGCGCUUCUGCUGGUACGCUUACUACAGAUGCCGCUGUGCAUUAUGGGAACGCGUGACCCUUUCACCAAUAACUGCUUCUGUAUCCCACAAUGCCGAGCAAACUGACACCCGGCCGCCCCUCGGAAGAUUUUAUAGGAUCUAAUGUGGCGUCUGAAUUUACCUCGUUUAUUUCUGUUGGUUUGAUCUCAUGGAACUCAAAGAUGAAGAUUCCGGUUGUAAACGCCGGAAGGCAUCAUGGGAGUUUGUUGAGAUGAUCAGACUCUCACUGGUGUGAAGAACAGAUCAUCCAUCGUUCUGUCAUCAUUUCCUCUCAUUCAGACCUGUGUGACUGUCUGUCUGCAGUGAAACACACAAGAAGAGAUUCUGAGAAAUGAACCAGUGUUUUCUGUUCAUAUAAUGACAGUCAGCAGGGUCCAGUGUUGCUUGGCUCCCAACAUUCUUUAAAAUACAGUUACAUUUAUUCAUUUAUCACAUUAUCCAUUUUCAAAAAAUUAGAAGACAUGAGAAGAGAAAAUGAUGACAGAAUGAUGAUUUUUGGCUGAACUGUCUCAUUAAAUGCAUACAUCAUGGUUGAAUUUGUAGAAUUGAUUUAUGAUGUUUUCAGUCAUGUCUAAUGAUAAUGUUUUUUUUGUUUGUUUUAUUUUCUUUUUUUUUAUAAAUACAGUAGGAUAUUUUCUAUAUGUCAGGAUAUAAUACAAAAUUAAAAAAGGAACCAGAUACAUUCAA